GGCAAGCAGCUGUUUGAGGAUCAGACGCUCGAGCUGACGUGGGGGCACCGCUACGGCCUCAUCGCGCAGAACGGGUCGGGCAAGAGCACGAUGCUCAAGUGCGUUGCGUCGCGGCUGGUUCCGAUCCCAGAGUGGAUGGACAUCUGGUUCCUGGACCACGAGGCCGAGCCGACCGACCGUUCCGCCGUCGACACUGUCAUCGACACGGUGCGCGAGGAGAAGGAGAGGCUCGAGGCGCUCGAGGAGGAGAUCAUGUCGACGGUGGGGCCCGAGGACCCGCGGCUUGAGGCGAUCUACGACAAGCUUGAGCGGAUGGACCCGAGCACCUUCGAGAAGCGCGCGGGGGAGCUCCUCUUCGGCCUCGGCUUCUCGCAGGCGAUGAUGAAGCGCGCGGCUAUGCAGACGCGCGCGACCAAGGACAUGUCGGGCGGGUGGCGCAUGCGGGUGGCGCUGGCGCAGGCGCUCUUCGUCAAGCCGAUGGUGCUCGUGCUGGACGAGCCCACCAACCACCUGGACUUGGGCGCGUGCGUGUGGCUCGAGGACUACCUCGCCAAGUGGGACUCGAUCCUGCUCUUCACGUCCCACUCGGCCGACUUCCUCAACGGCGUCGCGUCCAAGAUCUACCAUCUGACCGUGCGGCAGACGCUCGACCUGUACGGAGGCAACUACGACUCGUACGUGCGCACGCGGCGCGAGGCGGAGGUGAACCAGCUCAAGCGGUACGAGAAGGAGCAGGAGGACAUCAAGCACCUCAAGGAGUUCAUCUCCUCGUGCGGCACCUACUCCAACCUGGUCAAGCAGGCGCAGUCCAAGCAGAAGAUCAUCGACAAGAUGGUCGAGGCGGGCCUCACCACAAAGCCGGUCGACGACCCCGUCUUCCGCUUCGGCUUCCCGUCGUCGGAAAAGAUCCCGCCGCCGGUCAUGGCCUUCCAGAACGUCUCCUUCUCCUACUCGGGCAAGGUCGAGGACUACCUGUACACCAACCUCGACUUUGGGAUCGACUGCGACAGCCGCAUCGCCCUCGUCGGCCCGAACGGCGCGGGCAAGUCCACGCUCCUCAAGCUGAUGACGCUCGACAUCGAGCCCUCCGAGGGCGAGAUCCGCCGCAACCCGCACCUCCGGAUCGGCAGGUACAACCAGCACUCGGAGGACGUGCUCGACCUCAACAAGACGCCGCUCGAUUUCAUGUUGGAAAAGUACCCCGACGGGCUCGUCACCGCAGAGGGCAAGAAGAAGAUGGAGGUGCAGGACUGGCGAAGCAAGCUCGGCAUCUUCGGCGCGCAGACCUCGCUCAUCUCUACGCUCUCGCCUGGCUACCGCGCGCGCCUCGUCUUUUGCCUGAUGUCGCUGCGCAACCCGCAUAUGCUGCUGCUCGACGAGCCUACCAACCCGCUCGACAUGGACAUGAUCGACUCGCUCGCGCUUGCGAUCAAGAAGUUCAACGGCGGCGUGGUGCUCGUCUCGCACGACUUCAAGCUGCUCGACCAGGUGGCGGACGUCAUCUGGGUGUGCGAGGACAAGAAGAUCACUCCGUGGAAGGGCGACAUCAACUCGUACAAGAACCAUCUGCGCAAGCAGAUGGCGCAGCAGGCCAAGUCGAUUGGCAUGGGCGCGGGAGGAGGCGUGCAGUGA